AUGCCCGUAGCUAAGACAGAACCGCGGCGGGAAUUGCCACCCCACCCGCCACCAAACAUGCUGGACCUCUUCAUGACGCGGUACGACUACGACUACAAUCGGGACAUUGAGAGUAGAGGCCUCGGGGACGGCACUUCUGGCGGCGACGCAGUGAGCGGGGAUGUGCGCAACCGUCCCAUCUUUCGCUUUGCCCACUCAUCGGACGGCGUCUACGACACAACCUACCUAACAGACUACGUGCGGCACAACAGGGAUAUGAAGGACAUGUCUGGGCUCUUGCAGACAGCUUGCGGGGAACAUGACGUGACCUCUGCCUUUGUGAGGGAUCACUAUCUCCCGGAGCUGGCGAAACACGCCACGGCGACUGGCGCUCACCCAAUCUCCGUCUACAAGACAGAUUACCAGAACAGCGGUCCUGUUGCUAGCGGCAAGCCAACCCUUUACGCUGGUGCCCGCACCGUCGCAUUUAAUUCUGAUUUUCUCCUUAUCCCCCCAACAGAGGAAGAACUCAAGGCUGAUAGUGUGUUGCCGCCAAAGAUCACCUCCAAAGAAUCCCUUUUGCUGAAGGGGUACCCGUCUGAGGACAGGUACCGUCCGCCAAAGGAAGAUUUGUUUGCCUCCCGCAGAUCACAGCUGACUACCAUGGGUGGCCCCCCGACGGACUACUACUGUAACUCGUGGGUGUAUGGUGACAAGAGCCUGGCCUACCCGAGUCAGCUGCCGCGCAGCAUUGAGCAAUCCCCGAAUGCGCACCUCAUAGGAACGAUGGACGACAAGGCAGCCCUGCUUGCUCUUCUUGCGGGGAAGAAGAGGGCGGCUGGCAAACCGUACCCAAUGCCAGACGAGACGAACCCCAUCCUAAUUCAGAGGAUAGAGCAGCCCUUCUGCGGGAUAACACGACGUAUUGAAAACGAGGGUUACGUCAAUAUGAGCACUUACCAAAGUGACCACAUUCAUCAAGGAGUGUUGCCAGAACUGCCGGACACGGCGAAUUUGGCAGGAAACGGUGCGGGGGACAUCGGUGGGGAACGACGAUUAGCGUGCGCGGGGGAGAUGAUGGCGGGCACUCUGACGCGCCGUACAAAAAAGGCUGAGUCUUUGCGCAACUCCCACGGCAACCUUUUGAAGGAGAAACCCGAUUCAAGGAUUGUGGACCUACACACAUGGAAGCAAAUGAAGUCCAUUGAAAAGCGCAUUGCUGUGGACAAGGCAGACCCUCAUCGUCACAAAUUGCACUAG